CUGGGAGUUCUGGUGUCUUGGAAUCUGAAGGGUGGAAAAUCCAGGAUCUGGGAGAUCUGGAAUCCAGGGGAUCCAGGGCCUGGGAUGUCGGGAGUCAGAAAUCCAGGCUCUGGAGAUCCAGGAUGUGGGAGAUCCAAGGUCUGGGCCCAGAGUGUUGGAGCAGUGCCAGGUGUUCCCCCUGUUGGGAUCCGGGAAUGGGAAGAGCAGAGCCCCUGGAGCCAUUUGCUCCAGAGGAAUUCCUGUUCUACCACAUCCCGGCCAGCCUUCCAUGCAUCUUCCCAAAUCCUUUCCCUUAUUCCCUCAUUCUCUUCACCUCAUGCAUCUGCAGGACCGGGAGCAGCUGCUCCCCCCGGAUCCCAGGAUGGCUCCAUCCCACUCUGAGGCCGUUUCUAAGGGCUUUUCAGGGAUUUUCCCUUUGUUUGUGUCGCUUUAAAUCCCGGAGCUCCUGGAGAAGAACCUCUGGGAUCCACCCUCAGACUCCCUCACCUGCCUCAGAAUUCCUGUCCAGGUGUUUCUCCAGGUUUCUGGACCCCACCUGGAGCUGUGGGAUCCAGAGCAGUUUUCGUUCCGUCCUGGAGUUUUCCUCCCUUCCGUUCCCGUUGGAUUCCUGCGGAUCUGGCUCUGGCUGCGGAGCCGUUAAAUCCUAAUUACCUUUUUAGGUUGUUAUCCUUUUCCUGCCGUUCCUUGGGAAUGCUUGCCCUGGGAAUCAGCCAUUUUGUGCUCCGUGUCGGAACGCGCUUCCAGGUGCUGGGAUGUGCCGAUCCCGCAUGGAAUCGGGAGCAGCUCCCGGGCAGCUCGUGGCUCCGCAUUCCAACCGGACGGCUCCGGAUGAGGAACCAACUCUGCAGAUUUCCCACGGGAUCAGAGCAGUUUUCUGUGGGAUUUGGGGGGUUUUGGGGCAGCAGGAAUGUGCCCAGGGGAGUUGGAUGAGUUGGAUCCCAUCCCUGAUCCUGGGAAAAUGGGGCUUUAAGUGGCUUUCUAUCCCAUAAAUAUCAGGAUUUUUUAACAUCCAAAUGGGGCCAUUGAGCAACUCCUUGAUCCAAAUCCCUGGAUUUGGAGGGACUGGGGCGAUGAUUCAACCUCUUGGAACAUUUUGGAUCCAGCCUGGAUGUGCCAGGAUGGGAAUCAGGUCCCACCCAACAUCCCAGAUAACGUGGAAUGUUGGGUUUGGAUGUUGAUUCCUGACCUGCCAGGUCUCUCCUGGGAUUGAUUCAGGAAUUCCAGCCCCAAAUAGUUGGGAACUGGAGGGUAUAUCCAUGUUGCCUCCUGGGCUUAUUCCCACUGAGAAUUCCGGGCAGGAGCAGGGACCAGGACUUGGGUGGUGAAUGAGAGACUCCCGGGAUGUGCUGGGAUGGUGUUCCUGGUGCUCAGGAAGGAAUCCUUGGAGCUGAAUUCCCAAUGCUCCACCCUCCCAGUGUCCCUUCUUCCUCAUGCUGGAUCAGAGAUCCAGGAGAAGGAGCUGGAAUGUCGUUGGGCAGUGAGGAUCCCUGUGCUUGGGAAGAGCCGGAAUUUCCCUUCCAAGGGAAUAUCCAAGGGCUUGGGAUGCUCCAGGAAGCUGCUGCAGGUGUCUCUUCCUGAGAAUACUGGAAUUUUGGGCUGGUUUAUUUGUGAUUUCCCACUCUUGCUCCCUUGGAGCAGGAUCUUGGGAUCCACCUUGGCUCUUCCAGGGCUACUGGAAUUCCCAGUGCUGCUGGAGCAGAGUCAGGAAAACAGGGAGACCUGGAGUCACUGGGACCACAUGGAUCCUUUGUGGUGGAUCAGGGGUCAUCCUAGGUGGAUCAGGGAUCAUUCCUGGUGGGUCAGAGAUCAUCCCAGGGGUGGAUCAGGGAUUACAGCCCGUCCACUGGCUCCGGAGGGUUCGAGGCCAGGAAUAGGGGCUGGAAGACCAACGUGGAGAUUGACUCAAUGGAAAAACCUCCAGGAAGGGACUGGAGCCUUGUGGGGCUUCCCUGGAAAAACUCCAUCUGGAAUUAACUCCUGGUGCUGCCAACUUUCGGUUCUGGAUCCCAUUGGAUAAACCCCAGGAUAUUCUCCAUCCUGGUCGCAUCUCUCCCUGGAUAUUCUCCCUUUUCCACUGGAAUAUCCCUGGUUUUGGCCCAGCUCCUCCUGGCCUUUCCAAUCCUCCCGUUGGCAUUUUUUUGGUUGGAUGUUUUCCCUAUGGGAGCCGAAUCUAAUAUCCAUGGAAAACGGGGAGCUGCUUUGUUUGUCUGGGAAUGCCAAACUUGUCCUGCCAGGCGGGAGAAGCGCCCGGAGCGAAUGGAACGCGUCAGGGAGCGCGUGGAGCAGGAACCACGAUCCCCCAGAAAACUGGGAAUUGCCACUGGGAUGACGUUGUCCGGCAGACUGGGAUUCCUGGAAAGCAUUCCAAGGUCAGCCCUCACUGCUCAUCCCACCCUGGCAGCCUCUGGAAUCUCGGCUCUACUCCGACCCCAGGAUCCUGUUUCCAGGACAGUGUUCCUGGGACAAUCCCAGUUGGAGGCAUCCCAUGGAUUUGGCUCCUGUUUUCCCGGGGUUUUGCCACCAUUUGGGAAUUCUGUUCCAGGGAUGAUGGUUGUUUAAAGUGGAGUGUAGGGAGAGGCGGCUCCUGUUCCCUGGGAAGUGCUGAUUCCCGGGAGCGGGGCCGGAGGCAGCGGGGCCGGAUGAGCCGGUUUGGGAUGUGCCAGGACCAGAGUGGGGCCUGAACUUCCCACUGUCCCGGCUCCAGAGCCGCUGGGUCCCUGGGAUUGGAAUAACUCCUGCUCCUCGCUGCCGAGUAUUGGAUGGAAUCGAGGGCUCUCCUGUGGCUUUCCCACUGGAAAUUCCCAGUGGAUCCUCCCGUGCCCCCUCCAGCCGAGGGGCCUGGUUUGAUCUGGAAUCCAAAGCCUCACUGACUUUUUUUUGGAUCUGGCCAAGCCUGGAAAACCUCUGGAGCGGAUUAAACACCGUCGGGCCCCGUUCUUGGAUGGAGCGGAUGACGGAGGACGCACUGCGGCUGAACCUGCUCAAGCGGGGCCUGGAGACGGGGCCGGAGGAGCGCGAGGACGUCCUGGCCAAGCGGCUGAAGAUGGAGGGCCACGAGGCCAUGGAACGGCUCAAGAUGCUCGCCCUGCUCAAGAGGAAGGACCUGGCGGGGCUGGAGGUGCCCCACGAGCUCCCAGGAAAGCCCGACGGGAUCAAGGGCUACGAGGAGAAGCUCAACGGGAGCCUAAGGCCCCACGGGGACGGGAGGGGCUCGGCCCGGCCCGGCAAGGAGAACAUCAAUGACGAGCCCGUGGACAUGAGUGCCAGGAGGAGUGACCCGGAGCGGGGCCGCCUGACGCCAUCCCCAGACAUCAUCGUGCUGUCGGACAACGAGGCCUCCAGCCCCCGCUCCAGCUCCCGCAUGGAGGAGCGGCUCAAGGCCGCCAACCUGGAGAUGUUCAAGGGAAAGAGCCUGGAGGAGCGGCAGCAGCUGAUCAAGCAGCUCCGGGACGAGCUGCGACUGGAGGAGGCCCGACUGGUGCUCCUGAAGAAGCUGCGGCAGAGCCAACUCCAGAAGGAGAACGUGGUCCAGAAGACCCCUGUUGUCCAGAACGCCGCCUCCAUCGUGCAGCCAUCGCCGGCCCACGUGGGGCAGCAGGGCCUGUCCAAGAUCCCGGCCCGGCCUGGAGCCCAGGGUGUGGAGCCACAGAACUUAAGGACACUGCAGGGGCACUCGGUGAUCCGCUCGGCCGCCAGCUCGGCACUGCCCCACAUGUUGAUGUCCCAGCGUGUCAUCGCCCCCAACCCGGCGCAGCUCCAGGGGCAGCGGCUGCCGCAGAAACCCGGCCUGGUGCGGAGCAACACCCCCAGCAUGACCCCCACCAUCAACUACCAGCCGCAGUCCGGCUCGUCGGUGCCGUGCCAGCGCUCCUCGUCCUCUGCCAUCUACAUGAACCUCGCAUCCCACCUCCCAUCGGGCUCCGUGGCCCGCGUGUCGUCGCCGCUGCCAAGCCCCAGUGCUCUGUCCGAUGCCGCCAAUUCCCAGGCGGCCGCCAAGCUUGCGCUCCGGAAGCAGCUGGAAAAGACACUCCUGGAGAUCCCACCGCCCAAACCACCAGCGCCACUGCUGCACUUCCUGCCCAGCGCCGCCAACUCUGAGUUCAUCUACAUGGUGGGGCUGGAGGAGGUGGUGCAGAGCGUCAUCGACAGCCAGGGGAAGAGCUGCCCGGUGUCCCUGCGCGUGGAGCCCUUCGUGUGCGGGCAGUGCCGCACGGAUUUCACGCCACACUGGAAGCAGGAGAAGGGCGGGCGCAUCCUGUGCGAGCAGUGCCAGACCUCCAACCAGAAGAAGGCCCUGAAGGCUGAGCACACGAACCGCCUCAAGAACGCCUUCGUCAAGGCCCUGCAGCAGGAGCAGGAGAUCGAGCAGCGGCUCCAGCAGCAGGCGGCCCUGUCCCCCACGGCCGCUCCUGCCGUUCCCAGCGUUGGGAAACAGGACGGGAUCCUGCGGCACCACACGCUCCGGCAGGCCCCGCAGCCCCAGAGCAGCCUCCAGCGUGGAAUUCCCACCUCCGCCCGCUCCAUGCUCUCCAACUUCGCCCAGGCCCCGCAGCUCUCCGUGGCCGGGGGACUCCUCGGGAUGCCAGGGGUGAACAUCGCCUACCUGAACGCCGGGAUCGGCGGCCACAAAGCGUCGAGCCUGGCGGACCGGCAGCGGGAAUACCUGCUGGAUAUGAUCCCGCCCCGCUCCAUAUCCCAGGCCAUCAGCGGACAGAAAUAGCGCCCGCUGCCCCCACCCGCCUGCAGUGCCUGCACUGGGCCAACUGGGCCGGACUGGGCCAGACUGGGCCGGACUGGGGCCUCCGCUCCGGGAAAACGCGACGAGAAACCGGAAAAAAUCCCACCUGGGAAAACAGACAGACAGACAAACCGACCCCACCCCCACUUCAGACAGCGCCCGCUCCUUCUCCCAGCCCCAAUUCCCUUGGUUUUCCAGCAGGGAUCGCUCCCUGGGCGUGAGGCUGGGGCGGCUCCGGCCGCUGGCCGCUGGUUUUGUAUUGCCGACGCUUUUUCCUUGUGUUGUGGAUUGGUUUUUUGCCCUUUUUUCCUUAUCCCCCCUCCCAUUUUCCUUCGCUCCCUGGAUGGUUAAAGCUUUUUUACCCCUUUCCCAGAAGACUUUGGCAGGGCACCUUCCCAGAAUUCCAGGCCCCAUGGGGGGGAAUUUAAGGGCAGCCUGUGCUGAUUCCGGGGGGAGUUGGGGUCCCAAACCCCCUUUGGCUCCGAUCCCAGGGGUCCCAAACCCCCUUUGGCUCCAAUCCCGGGGGUCCCAAACCCCCUCAGCUCCAAUCCCAGGGUGUCACAGCACCCCCAGCUCCGAUUCCAGGGUGUCACAUCCCCCUUGACUCCAACCCUGGGAGCCAUAAAUUCCUUUGGCUCCCAUCCCAAGGAUCCCAUACCCCCUCAGCUCCAACCCCGGGGUGUCCCAACCCCCAGGGCUCCGCAGAAGGAUCCACGAGACGCCGAUCCUGACCCUUUUGGAUCCAAUCCCGGGGUGUUACAACCCCCUUGGCUCUGCAGGAUCCAGGAGACGCUGAUCCUGACCCCUCGGAUCCCAUCCCAGGGAUCACAAAGCCCCUGGGCUCCGCAGAAGGAUCCAGGAGACGCUGAUCCCGACCCCUCAGAUCCCAUCCCAGGGCACCACAACUCUGUUGGCUCCGCAGAAGGAUCCAGGAGAUGCUGAUCCCGACCCCUUGGCUCCGAUCCUGGGGAUCACAAAGCCCCUCGGCUCCAAUCCUGGCAUGUCCCAACCCCCUGGGCUCCAGAAGGAUCCAGGAGACACCGAUCCUGACCCCAUGGAUCCCAUCCCGACCCUUUGGAUCCCAUCCCGACCCUGGGGCUCCCUUAUCCGGAGCCUGCUGGGUGUCCUUGGACGUCCCUGGGACCAACGGAUGGAGCUGGACCCGCUCCCGGGGUUCCCUCCCUGUGACACAAAGGGACCCCUUGAGGUGCCACCCCGGGGUGUUCCUGUCCCUAUCACCCUCUGGGGCAGGUGGUGAAGCCAAGCUGGGUGGCCUCAGGCCUGGUGAGUCCCUCUGUCCCCAGUCCUAUCUCCAAUCCUGUCCCAAUCCCUGCAUGUUCUGGAGCCACUUGCCCAUGUCACCUGUGUCCCCUGGGAAUGGUGACAGGGUGGCACUGGGGUCUCUGAUGUCACCUGUGUCCCCUGGGAAUGGUGACAGGUGACACCAGCAUCCCCUGUGUCACCUGGGGGGGUGCAGGGGGUCCCUGAUUGGCACCAGGGUCUUUGGGGUCCCCUGUGUCACUGGUGUCCCCUGGGGGUGGCACUGGGGGGUCUCUGGUGUCCCCAGGAGGUGUCAGGGACACCCCAAACCAAGGAAUGAGCCGUGAGAAAACGCUCGAUUUGCACUUAAACCUUCACGGGCCCUUACCCACCUUCUUCAUCCUCCUCAUCCCCACCUUCCUCAUCCUCCCACUCACCUUCCUCAUCCUCCCCCUCACCUUCCUCAUCCUCCCCCUCACCUUC